UCUGCAUCUAGAAACUGUGAGAUCGCGAGUGAAAUAGAUGGUGAAAGCGUCACGUCUGUGCCAUGUGUACACCGAAGGGUGAAAGCGGAUGCCUUCCUGGGCUCCUCCACAGCCGAUGAUCACCCCAGGUGGCGGGUCGGCAAUGGCAAUAUGCAACGAAAGCAAACGAGAGAAAGAACGGCGGAAAAGGGCCAAAAAAGUCAGGUUAUCUACCCAGGUAAGUAGCUAAUCCAGAGAACGAACAAAGAACAAGAAAUCCGAAAAGAAAGAAAACGUCCCUUGGGUCAAGCCCCGUCGUGAACUCACCCUCAAACGCCGACAAACAUCGAGAAGCAUCCUGGCGAAACCCCUAUCGAACCACAUAUUCAAAUUCACAAAUUCCGGGACGCGGUGAAGACUGGAAGUCCCAUAGACCAUAUCCAUGUCCGGUCUGCGAGCAAAAAAAGUUAGCAUCCGACGCGACUGUAGCAAUAGACACGAGUGCACCGACCUGGUUGUCUUGACAGUCCUCAAUGUGCUUGAAUGACUCAGGGGCUGCGGCCGAUGCUCCAGCCCAAGGGAAAACGGGCGAGCAGCUUGAGGCAGCGGAGAGCAGACUGUUCAGACCGCGCCCGGGAUGACACCUGCCUGUUCCAUGCAGCCCUUGUUAAUCCCAGCAGGUGGCCCGACUGUCCUUGUGCUUAGCAGACGAUGAAUCUGGUGGCUCAGUGGAAACUGUGCAGCAAAGGGAAGAGGGGUAGCAACAAGAAAGAGAAGAGGCAGGGGCAAUUGUGAUGGUGAGCAAAGGCGAAAGAUGGAGAGCUGGCUUACUACAAGUUCAUGUGAAAACGAGAGGGAUGAUGAACUUAGACGAAGUCCCACGAGCCCUGGACUCGCGGCCGAAACCGGGGUCAGCGAUCUAGGCAAAGGCGCCGGCACAAGAUCCAGGUCGCCGUGGCUCAUCUGGCGUUCUCGCCGGAGCACUCCGUCGGGCUCAGGCCAGCAUCGGUUUUCGACGGGGGAUAAAGGCUGGCCGCAACCGACGCAGUGGUCGACGAGAGUGACUCGGACCUCCUUUCUGCUGCUGCUACUACUAGUGGUGGCAGCGGUGGUGAUGGUGGUGAUACUUCUUCUUGUCGUCGUUGCUGUUGCUGCUUCCCGCCCGGUGGCUCGGGGUCGAAGAUGGAUGUGGAGACGGCGGCGACAAGGUCGCCAUCGCCGGGGUCUAACCACACGCACCGUGGCCGGGGCGACCUUCCCGCUCCCGCAAGCCGGCCGCCGCAUUGGGAUACUAUCAUGGCAUCCGCAUAGGCGGUCUAUGGCGGGCGACCGGCUGCGGGAGCCAGCAGGAGGGAGGGCUCGCCCCGGCGGCAAAACCGGGAAGCUAAAGACCCAAGAGUGGUAUGUCAGCUCGAGCCGUGUCGGAGACGACCAGAUGUUGUCAAAGUGCCGUGUGCAAGACGUGCAGCAUGGGCUGGUUGGCUGGAUGGAUGGAUGGGCAGAAGAUAUACCUCUCGAUGCCGUUCAUGCGGCUGCCGUGACCCUCGCACCCUAUUGGCCCGGCCAGUACUAUAGCAUCCGCGCCGUGAUACUGACCGGGGCGCAGGGGCUACGGCAAUAAACGUGUCGAUGUAGACCGAGUGGUGAUGGUGGUAAUGGUGGCGGUGGUAGUGGAAUAAUAUCGAAUAAUUAUUGCCUUUACCUUUAACCGCGGAUGCACAAUUAAAAGACGG